AUGGAAGAUUCGAUUACUUUAAGUGCACCUGCUAUAGAUUCAGAAAAUAUUAAAGAAUAUAAUCUAAAUUUUGCUACAGGUGAUAAGACAGUUUCACAAAUAACAUUAACUAGACAUCAAUGUAUUGAACCAAGUUUAUUAGAUUCAUUUUUAAGGACACUACGACAUCAAAGUGAUGAUACUAUUAAAGCUAAAAUUAAUAAUUAUACUCGAAGUGGAUCAACCAAUGUUGAGAAAUUGGAACUCUGUAACACUUUUGUUAAAGAAGAAUUGUAUCCGAAUUGGGAGGUCAGACAUAAAGCGAUCAAAUUUUGUGAGCAGCAGGCAAAUAAAAUGAAAAUAGAAUUAGUCGAUAAACACCUAGAUAGACCAGAUAAAAAGGAAUACAAUUUGCGACUAGAUCCAUAUGCUGAGAAGGCGGCUAAGGAAGAAUAUGAAUCACAUUUUAAAGACUUAGAUAAUGUUACCCAAUGGGUAGAGAAUAAUAAAAUGGUAGAAUCAAUUUUACAAAAUACAAGUGAUUCCAUAUUAAAACAGCGUUGCCAUGCAAACCGUGAGUAUUUGCAAAUAUUCUGGGACAAUAUAGAUAAGAUGACUGAAUAUUGA